AUCCACGGCGCAGCGCGAGGUGACAGAAUGCCAGUGGAUCAUCACCCUGGAAGGAUCUAGCCCAGCACCGGCCGAGUGUGACCGCCACUGCCUCACUGCCAGUCUCAGCUGGCUUCUUCAUCCUGUCGGACAUGGAAACAGACGGGUCACGCAUCACACCGAGCAGCCUGACUCGGUCAUGGAAGCGGGAGCCGGAUUAAAACGAAGAGGAACGAGAUCGCCGGACUGUUCUAGAAGACUGCCUUCAGAGACGGAAGCUUUGUUCUGGCACUCUCUUCACCUCCUCCUACCUCUCGGGCCAUCGGCAGGGUAUGGGAGAUGGUGUCAUGACCGAGACAGUGAUAAGAAACUGCUGCCGUUGUUUGAGUCUCGUGGAGACUGCCGCCCUGCUUCCGGGGUAACUGAGCACUUCUGGCAGUACCCAGCUGCAGUAGAGAGAGAUAAAAUCAGGCCCGUGAUGAACAGCAAGGAUAAGGAGACUGUGAACAGGGCACAAAGGCGCAGAGGAGCACGGAGAAGCGUGGAGGAGCCCGGAGGAGGGGACACCACAAGCUCAAUGGCCACUGUUUGCGUCCCCCCCCAGGCCGAGAGCAGUGGCGCCGGUUGGAGAACCUCUUUGGGUCGGUCUAUUUCUGGAAGCUGUUCUGCGCUUGUCGAACCCAAACCCCGCUGGGGCCGGCCCAGACCCAAGGACCCGCCUUGCGGAUGCUCAAACGGGAGCAUCUGUGAUCCGACCCAUGCCAGACCCAGGUCCCAGAGCCCAGGAACGUUCCAGAACACGGGGGAGAGAAUCCCCAGACGUCAUGGGCCUCCUACUUGGGGAGCCCCGGAAGGGCGCGUCUUGAAAUUUAAUUAA